AUGCCUCAGCCGGAGACUCGUGGGAUUGCCCCAAUCGCGAUCGAGCCGGUGGCAGAGCUACUCCCACAGACAGAAGCUCUGAAGGCUCUCCUUCAGCAGAAACGAGAACAGGAACGACUGCAAGAGCAAGAAGAAGGCGAGCGUCUGCAGGACCAACGACUAAGAGCCUUGGAACUCAGGCGGCAGGAUGAGUUGCUGCGGAAGAGCAAGAUGCAGCGGAAAAUGCUGCGGGAUGCUCAAGAGCGGCAACGCCGAGAGGAAGAAGGAAGGUCACGACAGGACCCCAGCUUUACGUCUUUUUUGCGCCUUCGAAGGUGUGCAGAAAGCAGGGACGGCGAGAUCGCGAGCCACUGCAGAUUAUCAGGAGGAAAAAACUUCCCUACGCAUCUCUCCAUGGGGGCUUUGAGCCUUAACGCAAUACAGAUAAGGAUACUCCUAAGGGAGGUCCUCGCUGAAACAAGCGAAAUCGAGGAACUCGAUCUCGGUCGAGCCAAUUUGACAGAUGAUGACGGUCCUGGGAUUUGCAGUGCCUUGCGUUGCUUGAGAAAUCUCAAGACGCUCUCUCUUGAGUCAAACCACCUGGGUGCAUCUACGGCCAUUGCUUUGAGGAAAUACUUGGAGGCUGGAGGUUUACUCCUAGUUGAGAGUCUCCGCAACAACAGCACACUGGAGUCUCUUGAUAUCUGCAGCAACGCCCUAACCCCCGAGCAACACCGGCUCUUGGGAGAUAUAGUGGGAGCAAAUCGUCGGCGUUGGAAUGCCAUGAGGGACAGGGAGACUAUGGAAAGGGCCCUAAUGGCUCGCGAGGAAGCCGACACCAAGGCGUUUAAUAUGGAGCUCGAGGGUUUAAGGAUGGCCGUCGAGGGAAGCGAGAGCCGCAGCCUUGCCAGAGAAGCCGCAAUGUUCGCCCAGUGGGAAAGACGACGUCAUCAGGAAGCGGAGGAGCACGCAGAAGCUGUUGCUGCGUUGCAGCAGGCGUACGAGGACCGCAAGGCGGCUGCUCAGAAGUCGAAAGCUGGUAAGAGGCAAAAGAAGAAAAAGCGGUUCCCAGCAUGA